AUGAAGGUGAACGGGGAAGGUGAAAAGAGCAACCUCGACCAUAAUGAUUGGUCUCUUAAUUACAAUAAUCUGAAGGAAGAGACGGGGAAUGAAGAGAAACCGCACGAAUUGCAUUCCGUAGAGUUCUUAUUCAAAGAUAAGGAGAUCCUGCCAUGGCAAAGCCAACUCACAUUGAGAGCUUUAGUUGUGAGUUGUGCAAUGGGAGCUUUCUUAUCCAUUUUCGUCAUAAAGAUGGACCUGAUGUUCGCAAUGGUCCCUCCAGUAAACCUCUUUGCUGGAUUCUUUGGUUUCCUCUUCAUAUCGACAUGGACAAAGUUAUUGAGUGCAGUUGGCUUCAUGGGCCAGCCAUUCACGAGGCAAGAGAACGUCGUCAUUCAAGUAUGCGUCAAUGCCAUAAUCACCAUGGCUUUUAGUGGAGGCUUCGCAAACUAUCUUUUUGCCAUGAGUGACAUUGUCGCGAAGCAAAUGCCCGGACCGGUCAAUCCUAAAGACAUCAAGAAUCCCAGCUUCGGGUGGAUGGUGGUGUUUCUUUUGCUCUCUAGCUCUGCCGGCCUAUUCACUCUCUUGCCAUUUCGAAAAUUUAUGAUCAUCGACAAGAAGUUGACGUUCCCCACUGGAUCUGCAUCAGCUAAUUUUAUAAACAGCUUCCACGCUCCUCGGAGAGGCAAAUUGAAUGGCAGCUUCUAUUUCGACUUCCACUCAUCAUAUAUUGGCAUGGGAAUGAUGUGUCCGUUUGCAAUUACCUAUUCACAAUUGCUCGGAGCAAUCCUAUCAUCGGGUAUAUUGUGGCCUUACAUUCAGACCAAGAGUGGUGACUGGUAUCCUGCAAAAGUCACUCCCAGAACUCUCGAUGGCCCACAAGCUUAUAAGGUGAUGUCUCUGAGCAAUAGUUCAGUCUGUGAAACCUUGAUUUUGUCUCCCUCAUUUGACGGCUUAAAUUUUGAUUAUCUCAAGCAGGUCUUCAUUAGCCUCUCCAUUGUAAUUGGUGAUGGAGCCUACCACCUGAUGAAGAUAAUUCUUAUUGGGUUGUUCAAGCAUAAAACCAACGACAAUUCUUCCACUUUGCCUGUUGCUGCGAACCCCUUCCAUGAAAAAACCCCUGUCUCCUAUGAUGAAGAGGUCAGAACCAGCACCUUCCUCAAGGACCAAAUUCCGAAGAGAGUGGCGAUUGGCGGCUAUGUCGCAAUAGCUAUUAUCUCGGUAGUGGUUUUCCCAUUCAUCUUCCCCAGACUCAAAUGGUACCAAGUGUUGACCCUGUACCUGAUAUCCCCCUUGUUAGGAUUGUGUAGAGCCUAUGUGACCGGUUUAACCGACAUGUCGCUAUCCUCGGCUCUUGCAAGGACAACCAUCUUAAUCUUCUGUUCGUGGACCGGAAAGUCCAGCGGCAGCGUCCUAGUCGGGCUUGCCGCUUGUGGGUUACUCACGCUUCUCACAAAUGUAGCUUCCAAUCUGAUGGAGUCCUUCAAACUAGGGUACAUGACGCUUUCCUCUCCCAAAUCCCUAUUCUUGAGCCAACUGAUUGGGACUUUAGUGGGCUGUUUUGUCUCUCCUUACAUCUUCUUGUACAUCAAGAACCACAACCCGAACGGGUUUGGAACACCUGAUUCCAUGUUCCCGGCUUACUAUGCCACCGGCCAGAGAGUUGCCGCCAUGCGUGCAACGAACGGGUUCUCAACGCUGCCAAAGCAUUGCCUCAGCUUUUCUCUGGCAUUCUUUUUCGCGGCCAUUCUCAUCAGCUUGCUCAGAGACUGGAUGCCGAAGAAGUGGAAGAGUUUGGUACCGAUACUCAUGGCGUUCGCUGUGCCAUUCAACUUGGGAGCUUAUCUCAGCAUUGACAUGUGCGUUGGGUACUUGGUCUUCUACCUCUGGAGGAGGAAGAACAAGGCCCAAGCUGAGGCAUUGGCUCCUUUCGUUGGGUCUGCACUGAUGUUUGGGGAUGCGUUGUGGUGGUUUCCGAGUACCGUACUCAGGAUGAGAAACGUGAUUGCACCAUUGUGCAUGAGGUUUCUGUCCAGGGAGAUGAGUGCUCAAGUUGAAACUUGCCUCAGUAGCGGUUCUUGA